AUGGAAAUGGUGGGAAUCCGUUGUCAUUUGGGUGGAGAUACGUUGUCACCAGGUGUAGAUCCGUUGUCAUUUGGGUGGAGAUCCGCUGUCACCAGGGUGGAGAUCCGUUGUCACCUGAGUGGAGAUCCGUUGUCACCUGGGUGGAGGAUCUUUGUCACCUGGACAGAAGGAAGGGAUUUGCACUGGACGAUGAUGUUGAAUUCCGUGGAUUUCGUUCCGCAAUUAGGCCUGAUGGAUGCAAGCGUCAACGCCAAGGAUAAGAAUGGGCUAACACCUUUGUACUGUGCAGUCCGAAAAGACAUUGUGGGUGUUGUUCAUGUGCUGCUGGAGAAGGGUGCUGAUAUCAAUGUACAGGAUAAGAAUGGGCUGACACCUUUGUACUGUGCAGUCCUGAAAGACAAUGUGGGUGUUGUUCAUGUGCUGCUGGAUGAGGGUGCUGAUAUCAAUGUACAGGAUAAGAAUGGGUGGACAACUUUGCACUGUGGAGCCUUUAAUAACAGUGUGGAUAUUGUUCGUGUGCUGCUGGAGAAGGGCGCUAAUGUCAAUGUACAGGAUAAGAAUGGGCUAACACCUUUGUACUGUGCAGUCCUGAAAGACAAUGUGGGUGUUGUUCAUGUGCUGCUGGAGAAGGGUGCUGAUAUCAAUGUACAGGAUAAGAAUGUGCUAACACCUUUGUACUGUGCAGUCCUGAAUAACAUUGUGGGUGUUGUUCAUGUGCUGCUGGAGGAGGGUGCUGAUAUCAAUGUACAGGAUAAGAAUGGGCUGACACCUUUGUACUGUGCAGUCCGAAAGGACAAUGUGGGUGUUGUUCAUGUGCUGCUGGAUGAGGGUGCUGACAUCAAUGUACAGGAUAAGAAUGGGUGGACAACUUUGCACUGUGGAGCCUUUAAUAACAGUGUGGAUAUUGUUCGUGUGCUGCUGGAGAAGGGCGCUAAUGUCAAUGUACAGGAUAAGAAUGGGCUAACACCUUUGUACUGUGCAGUCCUGAAAGACAAUGUGGGUGUUGUUCAUGUGCUGCUGGAUGAGGGUGCUGAUAUCGAUGUACAGGAUAAGAAUGGGCUGACACCUUUGUACUGUGCAGUCCGAAAAGACAUUGUGGGUGUUGUUCAUGUGCUGCUGGAUGAGGGUGCUGAUAUCAAUGUACAGGAUAAGAAUGGGUGGACAACUUUGCACUGUGGAGCCUUUAAUAACAGUGUGGAUAUUGUUCGUGUGCUGCUGGAGAAGGGCGCUAAUGUCAAUGUACAGGAUAAGAAUGGGCUAACACCUUUGUACUGUGCAGUCCUGAAAGACAAUGUGGGUGUUGUUCAUGUGCUGCUGGAUGAGGGUGCUGAUAUCGAUGUACAGGAUAAGAAUGGGCUGACACCUUUGUACUGUGCAGUCCGAAAAGACAUUGUGGGUGUUGUUCAUGUGCUGCUGGAUGAGGGUGCUGAUAUCAAUGUACAGGAUAAGAAUGGGUGGACAACUUUGCACUGUGGAGCCUUUAAUAACAGUGUGGAUAUUGUUCGUGUGCUGCUGGAGAAGGGCGCUAAUGUCAAUGUACAGGAUAAGAAUGGGCUAACACCUUUGUACUGUGCAGUCCUGAAAGACAAUGUGGGUGUUGUUCAUGUGCUGCUGGAUGAGGGUGCUGAUAUCGAUGUACAGGAUAAGAAUGGGUGGACAACUUUGCACUGUGGAGCCUUUAAUAACAGUGUGGAUAUUGUUCGUGUGCUGCUGGAGAAGGGCGCUAAUGUCAAUGUACAGGAUAAGAAUGGGCUGACACCUUUGUACUGUGCAGUCCGAAAGGACAAUGUGGGUGUUGUUCAUGUGCUGCUGGAUGAGGGUGCUGACAUCAAUGUACAGGAUAAGAAUGAGCAGACACCUUUGUACUGUGCAGUCCGAAAAGACAACGUGGGUGUUGUUCUUAUGCUGCUGGAGAAAGGUGCUGAUAUCAAUGUACAGGAUAAGAAUGGGUGGACACCUUUGCACUAUGCAGCCUUGAAUAACAGUGUGGAUAUUGUUCGUGUGCUGCUGGAGAAGGGCGCUAAUGUCAAUGUACAGGAUAAGAAUGGGAGAACACCUUUGCAAUGUGCAUUCCUGAAAGACAGUGUGGGUGUUGUUCUUAUGCUGCUGGAGAAGGGUGCUGAUAUCAAUGUACAGGAUAAGAAUGGGUGGUCACCUUUGCAUGGUGCAGCAUUCAAUAACAGUGUGGGUGUUGUUUGUGUGCUGCUGGAGAAGGGCGCUGAUAUCGAUGCUCAGGAUAAGGACGGGAGGACCGCUUUGCGCAUCGCGUCAGAGUUAAACCAUGUGGGCGUUGUUGUUCUGCUGGUAAAGAAGGCUGAGGAUGCCAGUGUACAGGAUAAGAGAAGCCAGAUGUCUUUGCACAAGGCAGUAAUGGACGGUGAUAUAGACAGCGUUCGUCUACUCGUGAAGAAAGGAGUGAGUCUCACAAAACAGGAUCAGGAAGGAGAAACGGCUGUUCAUUGGGCAGUGCGUAAAAAUAAUGCGGAUAUUGUCCGUCAGAUUGUGGAUCUGGGCGGGGAUAUCAACAUUCAGAAUAAGGAGGAAAAAGACACCAUUACCCCUGGAUCAUCGGAGGCAAAUGAUCCGGAUCGCCUUAGACUCCUAGUCAGAAAUGCAGCUGAUGUGAAAAUUCAGGAUCUAGUACGUCAUCCACAGAUCAAAUGA